UAGUUUGUCCUAUAAAAUAAAUGACUUAGAUUGUGAGGAGAGAUGUGGGUAUUCGGGUAUGGAUCUCUUAUUUGGAAAGUUGAUUUCCCAAUACACAGACAAGUUGUAGGGUAUAUAAAGGGGUACCACCGUAAAUUCUGGCAAGGAAGUACUGAUCAUAGAGGAGUCCCUGGAAAGCCUGGCCGGGUUGUAACCUUAAUUAAAUCAUCGGAUCCAGAGGAACAAGUUUGGGGAGUGGCUUAUCAGAUUGCACCAGAAAAUGCCGAGUCUGUGAGAGCUCAUCUCGACCACAGGGAAAAGGGAGGUUACUCCUGUGUAACAGAGUUAUUUCACCCUGAUGAAGACACAGUAGAACCAUUCCAGCUAACAAUAUAUAUGGCCACUGAGACCAAUACCAAUUAUCUCGGUCCAGCACCUGUCAAAGACAUUGCCAAUCAAAUAGUAAACUCUGUGGGACCCAGUGGCAAAAAUACAGAAUAUCUGUUGAAUCUUGCGGAGGCUGUACGAAAAAUUUCUCCCCAUGUUCAUGACCCUCAUCUAUUUGAAUUGGAGGCUGAAGUUUUAAAACUUUGUGAAGAGUUUUUGGAGUCAUAAUAGAGGUUCUUGUAUGUCAGAGGAUACAAUCUCACAUUUGUUUGAAAAAUAGUUCAUUUUAGGUG